GAUGUAACGGGUUAUUUCACUAACAUUUAUAUGGUUGGGAAAGCUGAACGCAUGCUGACAUCCCAAGGUGGUGCAGCGCUUGCACAUUGCAUCCUCGUCGCUUACGCUAAAAUUAUCUGAGCCAUGCCUCCCAAAAAAGGCAAGAAGAAGGAUGACUGGCCUUCAGAUGAUGAGGCUGACAAAGCAUCUUCCAAGCUGUCCUCAAUGAAGCUAGACAAUGGAGAUGAGGCAGCUACCCCUGCUAAGUCAAAGAAGAAAAGCAAGAAAAUGGCCAUGUUGGCCGAUUUAGCAGCCGAGCGCAUGGACACAAAUGGUAAGGAACCAGAUGAGCCAGUCUCUGCCCCCAAGAAAGGCAAGAAUGAGAAAAAGGCCAAAGAAGAGGCAAAGGCCAAGGCAAAGCCUGCUCCAGAGAAGCGCAAGGAGCCAAAAGCUCCUCCAGCUCCUGAAGAAAAUGAUGAAGAUGAAUCCAGAUAUAUGUAUGAUGAUGAUGAUCGACCAACGGAAGUGACCAAGGAUGAAAUGGAGGAACUAGAUGGGCAGAAGCUGUCCAGGAAGGAGAUGAAAAAGCGGAAGAAACAGAUGGAGCUGCAGCAGCAGAUGGACGCCAUGACGAAGAAGGGCGGCCACGGCGGCUCAUCGCUCGACUCCAACUUCACCGUCUCGCAGGCGGACAAGUCGCAGUCGCGACAGCUUCAGCUGGAGAACGCCGUCGACAUCAAGGUGGAGUCGUUCAGCAUAUCAGCGCGGGGCAAGGAUCUCUUCGUGAAUGCAAGCCUGAUGAUAGCCCAGGGCCGUCGCUACGGCCUGAUCGGGCCCAACGGGCACGGGAAGACGACUCUGCUUCGGCACAUCCAGACCAGAGCCCUCAACAUUCCGCCAAAUAUAGACGUCCUCUACUGCGAACAGGAAGUGGUGGCGGACGACACGCCGGCAGUGCAGGUGGUGCUGAAUGCCGACGAGAAGCGUACGUCGCUGCUGAAGGAGAAGACGGAGCUGGAGAAGCAGCAGUCGGCCGGCGACAUGUCCGUCAUGGAGCGGCUGAACCAGGUGUACGAGGAGCUGAGGACGAUCAAGGCUGAUGCCGCCGAACCGAAGGCCCGGCGUAUACUCAACGGUCUCGGCUUCUCCAAGAGUAUGCAGAACCGGGCGACGAAGCACUUCUCUGGUGGCUGGCGGAUGCGUGUGUCGCUGGCGCGCGCCCUCUUCGUCGAGCCCACGCUGCUGAUGCUGGACGAGCCGACCAACCACCUCGAUCUGAACGCCGCCAUUUGGCUUGACAACUACUUGCAGGGCUGGAAGAAGACGCUGCUGGUCGUCUCUCACGACCAGAGCUUCCUUGACAACGUGUGCACGGACAUCAUCCACCUGGACCAGCUGAAGCUCUUCUACUACAAGGGAAACUACUCGAUGUUUAAGAAGAUGUUGUUGCAAAAGAGGAAGGAACAGCUGAAGGCGUGGGAGAAGCAGGAAAAGAGGAUCAAGGAAAUGAAGCAGUCCGGGACCAGUAAAAAGGUGGCCGAGAAAAAGGAGAAGCAACAGCUGACUCGGAAGCAGGAGAAGAACAAGUCGAAGUCGGAGCCGCAGGAGGAAGACACGGGCCCGACCGAGCUGCUGCAGCGGCCGCACGAGUACUUCGUCAAGUUCCGCUUCCCAGAGCCGCCGCCGCUGCAGCCGCCCAUCCUCGGCAUGUACAACGUCGACUUUGGCUACAACGAAAACCAGGUGCUGAUCCGUAACUCGGACUUCGGCGUGGACAUGUCGUCCCGCAUCGCCAUCGUCGGCCCCAACGGCGUCGGCAAGUCCACCUUCCUGAAGCUGCUCACGCAGCAGAUCGAGCCGGUGCGCGGCGAAGUGAAGAAGAACCACCGCAUGCGCAUCGGCAUGUUCAGCCAGCACAGCGGUGAGCAGCUGACGGCCGAGGAGUCGCCCACCGAGUACCUGAUGCGGCUCUUCAACCUCAACUACCAGGAGGCGCGCAAGAACCUGGGCACCUUCGGGCUGGCCAGCCACGCGCACACCAUCAAAAACAAGGACCUGAGCGGCGGCCAGAAGGCGCGUGUCGCCAUGGCCGAGCUGUGUCUGAUGGCCCCGGACGUACUCAUCAUGGACGAGCCUACCAACAACCUGGACAUCGAGUCGAUCGAGGCCCUGGCCGACGCCAUCAACCACUACGACGGCGGCGUGGUGAUCGUGACGCACGACGAGCGCCUCAUCCGCGAGUGCAACUGCACGCUCUACGUGCUGGAGGACGGCUGCAUGCAGGAGAUGGACGGCGACUUUGACGACUACCGGCGCGAGCUGCUCGAGAGCCUCGGCGAGGAGAUUAACAGCCCCAGUAUAGCGGCCAACGCCGCCGUCGACCAGGACUGAGCGGCGGCGGCGGCGGCGGCGCGCUAGGCGGGCGAAUGAAUUGACUCUGCGGGUGGCGGCGGUCUCUGUGGGACGCUCGGCGUUACGUGAUGCGGCGACGGCGGCGAAUGCCCCGGCGUCCGGUUCGGUGCUGUAAUACACGCGGGCUUGUCUACG